UAUACGUUGCAUUCGGAUCUUCCAAAUUUGUCAAUGUCUGUUGUUGGUUUAAACCGUGAAAGUUCCAAUGAAACAUUCGCAAAGAUCGAGUCAAACAGUUCAAAGAUUUCUAUAUAUUCAACAGUCACAAAGAUUAAUCGCCAAAUUGUCAAUUUAUAUACGACCCUUCGAAGAAAGUAUCGACCAAGUAAAAUUUUGACGAAGAUCCGACUAAUUGGUCACAAAGGUAAUUAACUAAAAUCAUUCACGAUACUUUAGAUAAAGAUUUAGAUAUUUAUUAUUGAAAAAUGGCACGGGUGGUAUUGAAAAACCGACGCGUAAAAGACGAAAAAGAAAAGAGACAUACGAUGAUUGACCAGAUGAAUAGGAUAAUAAUCCUGUAAAAUCACCAAGCGAAAGUGGGAGGCAACAUGUGCAUUAGAAUGUUAUAGUGGGAGUGAGUGUCUUGAUAGCGAGCUUUGAAGUACAUACCAGUCAUUGGGGUAAAAGCACAGUGGAGCCACGUGCUGCGCUUGUCAAAUCAAUUAUCUUUACGUUGUAAUUUCGAAUGAUAAAGUAGAAAACGGACGACUAAUGCUCUUCUUAUCUCUGCGUUUUUCUCCUGCGAUAAUGUAAAUUAAGUAAAAUAUGCGAAUGUGAAGGCUUCGAACAUUGAAGUUGCUUUAAACGUAAAUCGUACCUGAAAUUGACCAAUUGUCCAUUUAAAUAGUUAUAUAGCAAAUUGAGAUGCAUACAUUGACGUAGAGAGUAAAAGAUUUAAGGAAUAACUGUGAAAUAUCUUCAGGAGAUUAUCUUGGAAUAGAAUCGAAAUAUUUACCGAAACAGGAACAUACACAAACAAACUUCGCUGAGAUAUGCUUUGUUUGAACAUAAAGAUAGAAUUAAACAACUCAUUCGAAAAAGAAACUACGCUUGGCUAGAAACUUCCCCGUGUUUUUAAUUACCGAAUAAAAUGGAAGCUAGGAACAACAAUGGGAAUUUUCUGUGGGUGUUCGGAUACGGAUCUUUGUGCUGGCAUCCAGGUUUUAAAUACAAAAGAAGCGCUGUGGGGCACAUAAGGGGGUUCAAUAGAAGAUUUUGGCAAGGGAAUACGACUCACCGUGGUACAAUAGAGAAGCCUGGACGAGUAGCGACGCUGGUCGAGGAAAAAGAGGGCGUUGUUUACGGCCGGGCUUUCCAAGUCCAAGACACCUCGGCAUUUCCUUACUUGGAUAAUCGCGAGUGUAUUUUGGGAGGUUAUAUGACGACGAUUGCCACGUUUUAUAGUCGUGAAGAAAACAGGAGCUUUCCAGUCAUUAUUUACAUCGCCACUAACAAGAAUAAACAUUGGCUCGGUGAGGCGCCGCUUCAGGAUAUCGCUAAGCAAAUUUCUGAAUGUUCCGGCCCGAAUGGACAUAACGUCGAGUAUCUUUUACGAUUAGCAGAGUUUAUGCAUCGUUAUCUACCAGAAGCCCAAGACGAGCAUUUGUUUACAUUGGAAUUAUUAGUACGUUCGAGGAUAAAGGAAACGAAUAUGUGUCUGGAUACGUUAAUGGGCAAGCGAGACUUUAAUAUCGACCUGGAGGACGUCGAGAUCGAUGCCAAGGAUGAGGACAGUGACUUAGUCACCAAUAACGCAAUCAAUAAUCUCAGGAAAAAUUCCUUCCAAUUGACUCUUCAUGUACCUGAUAAGACUUUGCGUUGUCUCAAAAUGUAGACUGCAUUUCCUAUUUAUAUCAAUAAUUAUCGAAUGCUUGGACCGAGAUGCAGAGAAUUUAUGUAAUUAAUGAUAAUAAGAUAAUAUUCUUCGUAGAUAAUUUAUAUAAAAACAUUCGUAUCUUUCGAGAACAUAUGUAUAUUGAAUAAUCAUUGUUCUUGAAUAGCUUGACUGUGAUACGAAUAGUUUAAGCAUAAUGCAAGUCAUAUGCUGGCAGCUUAGUAUUGUAAAAUAUAUUUGCAAGUACGAAUAUUACACUUUUAUUUUUAAAUAUGCUGGAAACUAUUUAGGAUUAUAUUAUUUCGAAAGUAAUUGUGCCUUAAUCGUAAGAAACGCGAACAUAGGGCAAAUGUCGCUUUCCACAAUUUUCUUAAUUAUAAGUUAAUGACAAAUUUUGUAUCCGAAAGGAUGAAACGAUGAUUUAUGAAAGAGAUAAUGUUUAAAUAUAUUACCGGAUAUUUCUUUUUCCAA